GUGAGACGCCGCUGUGGCGGGGGCGGGAGAGAUUACGUUGCUCUUGAAGAACCACUUCAGAACGUGGAGGAGUUCUUUUUUCCUGUGAAACUCUCGUGUCAAGCAUCGCAGCUAUAGAGAUUGAUUGAAUGAUGCAGGCAAUUGGCUCGAGAGCACGCCAGAGCAUGCGUGUCUUUCUGCUUUUGUCGCUUUCUGCUUUAAUCGUGGGGGCUGAGGAUGUGAGUGCCAAUCUGCAGGUGAGUGGCGACUGCAACGAUGAGUCCGGCCCCCACAAUGGACUUUGGCUCUACAUGGGCCAAACCGCUUCGGGGCGUCCCUACUACAAACACUCCGAGCAGCCUUACUACAUGUACUACGACCCGGCCUGCGACGGUCAGGCCGAGGGCCGCUGGGUGAUGGACUCCGAGGCGCCGAGUGUGACGGCGGAGGCGGAUCUGGAUGAAGACACCCAUUGCUUCUACCACAGUCGCUACUUGGACUCCUCGAUGAUGCCCAGCAGUGGCGUCUGGCGCUCCUACUGUGCGGAGGUGGGCUUGGGAUGGGUGGAUUCCAAUGUCGUCAUCACCCAGGUCGUGACGACCACGACCACCACGUAACGAUGAUCGAUGAUCGCCAUCAGCGAAUUAGCGAUCUCGUCUCUCAUGUAAUGAUCGGAAAAAAGAAGUGGUCUGAGCAGUGAAGCACUGCGGCACGGAAUUUGACAAAAUUCCUGAGAGUAGUUAGAACGUGUCCAGGUGCUUCAAAGAACAACGAAGCCUUUGAACUUUGAGUGCCUAAACUGGGGCGCGUGCUGAAAAAGAGUGCUGC